UGAACCCGGUGCUCCGUGGAGUGUGACAGUUCAAUCCGACUGGAGCUCCUCCUCCUGGAUUUCCUCCCCGCUGCUGCUGCUUGGCUACAUUGUAUCAGUUCCCACACGAAGAACUACCACGGCACUCAUCCAGAAACGGUGAAUACGGAGGAAUUAACCUGGAUGGGAAGCUAUCGGCUGUGGGAUUAAUUGCCAGAAGGUCGCGGGAGAGGACUGGGCUUGUGUCGGGCUUGAGACGGCACCGAUAAAAAUAAAAAUGCCCUCAGGACUCGGGUUGUUUUCGAUGAGGACGGUAUCUCGAAGUGUGAUGGCAGAAGUCCAGUGAAUCGCUGGCCUCCCCUCCUCUCUUGUGUUGGGUGUCUUGGGGAGUACGCUGCCACUGCUUUCUGGUGCUUCAGAUUUUUUUUUUUUUUUUUUGUAGAGGUUUUAUUAUACUUCACAUUUAACUGUGAUAUUUUUUUAUGGAGUUCGCACCACCAUGGACAGACCAGGGUUUGGAAUAGGAGUGGCUAGCUAAGUCAGGCAAAAUGUGGUUAAAUGGAACUGGAACGAGUAGACCGUGAGGAUUCUCUAACCCUUGCCCCUGAGUCCCAACCGUCUGAGAGGGUGUCGGACCUCACUGAGGCAAUCCUGGGCCGUUGGCUCUAAAAUGUCCCUAAGUGGUGGCACUGCAGGCGGGAAAGGUGUGGACUCUAAUGCGGUGGACACUUACGAUAGCGGGGAUGAGUGGGAUAUCGGUGUUGGAAAUCUGAUUAUUGACCUAGACGCGGACUUAGAGAAGGACAAACUUGAGAUGUCGGGCACCAAGGACGGCAUGGCGGCACCACCCAGUGCAGUGGCAGCGUUGCCGGACAACAUCAGGUUUGUGAGUCCAGUGUCUGGCUCUCAAGGCAAGGAAAGCAAAUCCAAAUACAAGCGCAGCAAGAACUCUAAAGACAAUAGUAGCAAAGCUUCGGCUGGCGAUGGGGGCAAGAAAGAAACUCCAGGACGGACUCAAGCGGAGCCAACGGGCACAGCAGCGAGCGCAGGAGCCGCCGGCAACAAUUCCACCUCUGGGAAGAACAUUGAAAAGGGGGGCAAAGCCUCCAGAGGUGUUCUGAGUGGUAAAAAAGAGAAAGAAGGGGCUAGUGGGAAAGGUAAGAAGGACAAAACAGACGGAGCCCCAGUCGUGGCAAUCGCUGCUGCGGAGAAGGAUGUUGUGUCUCAGGCCCAGGUUGCUUUGGGGAAUAGUCGCACUGCGUCCUUUGAGAACACACAAUCAACAGACUUGGCAGAAGCCAAUCAAAUGGGGAAUAUUGCACUUGAACCUGUAGGGAUCGUACCAGCCUUGACCGCAAAAACUGAACCAGAGGAGGUGGAAAAUGGUAGUAGUGAAUGCAAGACGUUAAAGAAGGUGAAAAAUGAAAAGAUGGAAUCUCCUGUCUCCACGCCAGCUCCUCCCCCCCUCCACCUCCUGGCCACAGUGGGCAACAGUGAGAUUUCCUCGCCGUGUGAGCAGAUAAUGGUGCGCACGCGCUCCGUGGCCGUGAACACAUCUGAUGUGGCCCUGGCUACCGAACCAGAGUGCUUGGGGCCCUGCGAGCCCGGCACAAGUGUCAACCUCGAAGGCAUUGUGUGGCAGGAAACUGAAGACGGCAUGCUGGUGGUUAAUGUUACUUGGAGAAACAAGACAUACGUGGGCACCUUGUUGGACUGUACACGGCAUGACUGGGCUCCCCCCAGGUUUUGCGAAUCCCCUACAAGCGAUCUAGAGAUGAGAAAUGGCCGUGGUCGAGGCAAGCGAAUGAGACCGAACAGCAACACCCCUAUCACCGAGAACAGUAACUCCUCAGACAACAAGGGCACCAACAACAACAAGACGCGUGCUGCCUCUAACAGCAAGGGCCGACGGGGCAGCCAGACGCCAUCAGAGCGCCGUACCCCGCCUAACAACAACACAGAGGAUAUCAAGGCCAGUCCCUCCUCAGCUGGAAAACGCAAGACCAAACCAGCCUCGGACAUGGAACCCAAUUCCAGCUCCGAGGACACCAAAGGCAACAAACGUAUGCGUACAAAUUCCAACAGUGGAGGGGUGGGACCAACAGGUCUCCCUAUUCCUUCCAUUAAGACUGAGCCACUUCCCCCUCCCCUCGAUCGCAGCUGCCCCUCUCCAGUUCUUAUUGACUGCCCGCACCCUAACUGCAACAAAAAGUACAAGCACAUCAAUGGUCUCAAGUACCACCAAGCACGCGCUCACAAUGAUGAUGACAUCAAGUUGGAAAUGGAUGGAGAGAGUGAAUAUGGAGAGGACUCAACUCUCCACCCUGAACCAGGGAACUGUAAUGGAGCCUCGAUCUCUCAGAAAGGAUGUUUGUCUCCAGCACGUUCAGUUACUCCAAAAGGCAGGAACUUUGAUGCACAGAGUCCUUCACCAUCUCCUGGCAAGUUUGGUUCAAAGCAGAGUAAAAAGAAAAUUGCUGAGGCAGAUCCAGAGGUGGGAGGUACUCCGACAGACGGGUGUGAAGAUGGGCCAUGCCUUACUGAUGAGGCCAGUAAUGAUGGCAUAGAUGAUAAGAGAGGAUCAGACAAGUCUAAAAAGGCUGGCACAAAGGCUGAUAAAAUGCCCCAGAAAAACAUGAAGUCACCACGGUCCGUUGGCCCUGGCUCGACAGCAUCCCAGCAGAUGUACCCUUUUCCUCCUGGAAACCCAAAUUGUUCCCCGGGGCUUACCCCAAUCAUACAAGGGAUUCCCAAGAGUCCCCAAAUGAAGGGCACUCAGCCUAAACCCCCUGUCAUUGGAGAUGCUGCCUCAAGUAGCUCCAAAGACAAGAAAAAGAAAGACAAGAAGAAAAAAGAUGGUGGGAAGGAGGCUGACAGCCCCAAGCCUCAGGGAAAGGGAGGGAAACAGGAGGACGGAAAGCUGACAUACUCUGAGCCUUCUGAUCAAGGCAACAAGGGGGAAGGACUCCUCAAUGGUUCCUCAGAUCCUCAUCAGAGUCGUUUGGCCAGUAUCAAGGCUGAGGCUGACAAAAUUUACAGCUUUUCUGACAAUGCCCCUAGCCCAUCCAUUGGUGUAGCCAGUCGGAUAGACGGCAGUGGGAUGCCACAGCCUCUCACACCACUUCACGUAGUGAACCAGAAUGGUGCGGACAACUCCUCAGUCAAAACCAAUAGCCCAGCCUAUUCAGACAUUUCAGAUGCUGGUGAGGACGGUGAAGGGAAAAUAGAAGGCGUGAAAGUCAGGACAGAGGACCAAGGCAUCAGGGAAAGUGUCAAAAAAGCGCUCUUUCCAAACCAGACACCCAACAAAGAUUCCCCGUACUAUCCCGGCUACGAGACGUAUUACUCGCCCAAUUACGUAAACCCCAGUCCUGGCGGGCCCAAUCCAGGAACGCCAGUGGCUGAAGGUCAGGUUAAGAUCAAAAGGGAAGAGGACCAGGACCAAGUUGAGGAAAAAGUCAAGGUUGAGGUUCAUGAAGACCGCAAACCUGACAUCAUUGCUCCUAGCCAGCAGCAGCAGCAGCAGCAACAACAACAACAACAACAACAGCAGCAGCAGCAGCAGCAACAACAACAACAACAACAGCAGCAGCAGCAACAGCAGCAGCAACAACAGCAGCAGCAACAACAGCAGCAGCAGCAACAACAACAACAGCAACAGCAGCAGCAGCAACAGCAACAGCAGCAUCAGCAACAACAGCAGCAGCAGCAACCCUCAGUCAUCCAACAGCGAUCCAACAUGUACAUGCAACCUCUUUACUACAACCAGUAUGCUUACGUCCCCCCGUAUGCAUACCAUCCCGAUCAAGCCUACCAUAACCACUUAAUGAACACCAACCCAGCCUACCGGCAACAGUACGAGGAGCGGCAGCGACAGAUGGCUGCCGAACAGCACCGCGCCGAGAAGAAGUCAGACAUCGCCCUAAAAGAACGAGAAGCCUCCAUGAAGGAGGAGUGGAAACAAAAGAGCCCGAUGCCGCCAAGCCUCUCCAAAGCCCCAAGUCAGUCAGACCUCGGAAAGACGCCGCAGGCCCCAAGCAAAUCCAGGGAGUCGCCCUCUGAGCCCUCCUCCAAAUCCCUUGGAAGCAUAAAGGGGGAGGACCCAAAGUCCCAGCAAGCGGAGGGGCUAAAGAUGAAGCUGACUGAAGGGGGCCACCAUGGAAAGGAAGACUCCAAGCAAGCACUGGAGUCCAGAGGUCAAGCAGGGAUGGAGCAGGCCAUGUGGUACAGACAGCAGUACCCCGAGAGCCAGAAACCCCAAGCAGAAGACGAACACCAGCAGCAACAACCUCGAUGGAAAGAUGAAAGGGACCGAGAACGGGAACGGGAUCGUAAAUUAAAGGAUGACAGGCCCCGGCCCAAGGACAGUCAAAGUGGGCCCAAGGAGGACGGCAAAGAGGGUAGUGAUCCCAGAAUCACUUCUGAGGACCACCGGGUCAUGAGCAAAGACUCUCGUUCUAAUCCACACAUGCAGUUCUCAUCACCACUAGCACAGCACCAAGGCUACAUGCCCUACAUGCAUGGUUACCCCUAUGGACAAGGCUAUGACCCCAACCACCCUGGAUACAGGGGCAUGCCCGCAGUCAUGAUGCCGAAUUACCCAGGUUCGUACCUUCCUGGAGGCUAUCCGUUUUCUCCAUAUGGCAAUAAAAUGGCCGGAGCUGAGGAAGGCGGUGACAAAUCCCGCGCUAGCCCCACUGUCACCAAAACGGCAGCGGACUCCAAAGCCCUGGAUAUCCUGCAUCAGCACGCCAGCCAAUACAAGAGCAAAUCCCCCACAGUGGGUGACAAGCCACCUCAUGAGAGGGAAAGAGAGCAGGACAGAGGAGCUGGCGGAGACAGAGAUCGGGAAAGGGAGCGGGAGCGUGAGAGGGAAAGAGAAAGAGACAUGGACCGACCACGCUCCUCACCCUCCCAGCGCAUCAUGCCCUCGCACCACCACCUGGGAUACCCCCUGCUCUCAGGACAAUACGACCUGUCCUACGCCACAGGUCUCUCCUCAUCAGCUAUUGUUGCCAGCCAACAAGCAGCAACCCCCUCCCUCUACCCGCCACCACGGAGGUGAGAACGGGAAACCUGACCGUCACACCUCAACCCUGCAAAGAUUCAUGUGACUGGCUCACAUGAGAAGAAAGUCUCCCGGGCGUUCCCUUUUUUUAACACAUCAGUUGAAUGGUGUUUCGAUCUGUAUUUUUUAGUUCGUCUGCCACGAGGCUAGGCAGAUGGUCGUUUUUUUUUUUUUUUUUUGGGUCCUCCCCCUCUCGUAAAUGACCCCAAAUUUGUCCAAACCCUCGGACUGGAACAGAAGUGAUAAUAAGCCAGGUUCAAAGCCAUCGCUCUGCCUCACCAUGCAGAGCUAACACCAACCCGCUGAUCAUCUAGUCUUUGCACUGUCAACAGAUACAAUGCAAAAAGAGACUAUUGGACUGCCGGAACAGCUUUUUUUUGUUGUUGUUGUUUCUUUCUUUCUUUGACUGCAUUGUUGUUGUUGUUGUUUGUUUUUUUUUGGGUCACACGCAGAAAGAAAUUGGCAGGGGAUUUUUUUUUUUUUUUUUUGAGGAGUUGGGUGGCUGAUGGGGAAAAGGGGGGAGUCAAACUAAAUUAAAGACUGAAAAGAAAAAGUGAAUCCUAUUGAAAUGAUUUCAACUCUACGUCUUUUGGCUUAUCGUAUGCCGUGAAACAACAGUACAUCCUUAACUUGACACACGUUUGGCUAUAUUUUGUGGGGGGGAGAGGGAAUAUGGCAACAGCUGCUUUCUUCAGAGACUUGAGAGCCUGAGACUGAAGUUUAUUAAUUUUUUUUUUUUUGUCGUUUUCCAUCAUCAUUGUCAAUAUCCAUCCUCUUUGAACCCUCAGUUCUUGUUUCAGGGAUGAUGACGACGUUGUUUGUUUUUUUUUUUUUUUUUUUUGCGAAGGGACCGCACACACCUCAAUGGAGAAUAAACACUAUUCAUGUUUUCAUUUUUUUUUUUUUAUUUUUUCUCAAUUAAUACUUCACUUGUACUCCGUAUCGUUGUGUUCAUCCUUGAAUGUGUCUGAUGCUGGUAGGAGUCCUGUUUUCCUCACAAUGAAAACGUCACAUCUGUCGUUGCACUCAAAACGGUGAAGCCACAUUAGCGAGCGGUUAAUUCGCUGGGGGGGGGAGCGGGGGUGGAGAGUUGCCAUCGCUGCAUUUUUGCCACUCGUUGGGGGUUUUUACUGUAAGAUUGUGCUUCAUCCAGCUCGUCGCAUUUUGAUUUAUUUUUUUAUUUCUGUAAAAGAUGUGAAAUUUCACUCAACUUGUGUAUUUUUUUUUGCUGUAAAUUUAGACUUUUGGCCUACUUUUUUUUGUGCAUAAAUGUUUAUAUUUAUCCCCGCACGCAACGGUUUAAAAAAACAACAACAACCUGUCACUGUUAAAUAGCUUUCAGCCUUCGCGGCGUUUAACAUCAUGUGCUCGGAUCGUUGUUUCCCUAGACAUCUUGCUGCGCUGCUUGUUUUCCCCCUGCUUUGGUUGUCUUGCUGCACUUGUUCAUUUUUUUUUUUUUUUUAUUUAUUUAUUUUUUUUUUUAUCAUCAAGCUACGGUCGCAUUAAUCCCAACAUGCAGCGUGCAAUUAGACUGGACCCAGACCUCCGAAUCACUGUCCACAUCUCAGAUCUUUUUUUUUUUUUUCAGUGAUUCAGUGGCAACUCUUAACUGGCAGAUUAAGCGAAAACUAAACGGUAAAACGGACUGAUAUUUCAGGCUGUCGUUCGUUGUCAAAAAGGGGCAGAAAUGUCUCUGGGUGCUUCGCUUGCUUGUGUGGCUUCACCAUAACACACGUUCACCUCGGGACAGCUAGCUCGGUGUUCCUAACCGGCGGCUAGCUUUGGAUUUAACUGGGCCAAUUAGUCGGAUACCUCAGACGCCGGCUUUCUCUGUUCAGUUGCUGCCUGUGCAGUUUAGGUCAUGAUCCCAAAAACAAAAAUCUUUCAGCUGUUAACAGAACGAGCCAAUCAGAUGCAGACAAUGAACUGAAAUAAAAAAAAAAAAACAAGGGAGAGCAAAAGCUAACGUGGUUUGAAACAAGUGAAAUGGAACCUUGAUCGCGCACACGUGACCGAAGUAAGCAGGCUCAAAGUUCAGCUGAGAAGAAGCAUGUUGCUCUAGGCUCGCCUUUUGGAUCUCAGACGGGUGGCACCGCUCUGUAAAUUCACUUUAAAUCCACAGACAAAAAAAAAAAA